AACAUUCACUACAUAUAAACUGUGUUGCUAUUUACAAAAUUGCAUGGAGAACUGGGAGUAAUUGUGGCUUGCAAACUUCCAGUCCCAUGCAUAGAAAUGGCAGGUUUUUAUGUGUUUUAUGUAUAUAUUUAUUUAUUUGGUGUGACUGAACAUGCACUUUAGUUUGCAGAAAGUACUUAAGAGAACUGGAAGUAGAGCUACCAUUUGAUCUAAGAACUGAAAGAAUAAAGAUGAAGAAUCAGCACAAUACUUUCUGGGUAUUAUGCCUACUAUUUGUCAUGUUUGAUGAAACAUUUAGUGCCUUCCCAUUUGGAAAUGGCCGGAUCCAGUUUGACCCUAUUAGAGAAAAUUCAUCUGAUAAUAUUGAAUGUUUUCUGGACUAUAUGGAGCUCUGGGUACCACGGAAACAGAUCAAUGGAUUAGUUCUUUGGUUGUCCCAGAUUAUGCGCUUUCCAGUCAGUCUUAGCUCACUGGAUCGCUCAAAUCAGCAGCUCUCUAGAUGCAAGUACUUCUUGGAUGCUGAUGCAGAUGGAAAUUUCUUAUUUCGUGUGCACUACACAGGAUGCUAUGUGCAAACGCAGGAAGGUUUUUACAAGCUGGAAAUUCACAUGGUUAAAAAGACAUCUUCAGGUAGAGGGCAAAGUAAUCGGUAUCUUAUGCGAUGUCCAGCAAUGACUGCACAACUGGGAAGAGAGAAAUUGCGCUGUGACCCAAAUUAUGUUCAGGUGUCAAGGCCCAUUCCUUUGGGAAACUCCAAUGAUCAGGCUGACUGGUUUUUUUCUUUACGGGGAGAGCUAGUGGUGUCUAUAGAAGAUGCAAGUUUGAUUGGUGUUGAGGUAGACGUCAGCAAUUCCAGUGUGACUGUGAGUGGAUUAAGAGGGCAGUUGCUGGAUGGCAUAAAGAUUUUAGACAGGCAAAUUGACAAUCUUCACCUUUGGUUGGCUCAUGGAUUUUAUGCCUAUUCACUAGAAGCUUCAUGCCCAUCUGUAUCACAACAUCCAGGAGAAGAAGUCAUCCUUCAUAUUCCUAAGCAGCGUGUGGGGUUAGUGAAAAGAGGAUCAUACAGUGCAGAUAUACUAACAUUAAAGAACCUUAUUGUUGGGCAGUCUGCCAACGUUACUGUCACUGUGACUGAGAACAAGCAAUUUGUUGUGAUAAAUAUCCCCUCUCAUGAAGUAUUGCAAAGACAGGAUUGCUACACCACUAUAGGAAAUAACCCAGGAGUUCAGUUUUUCUAUUGCAUUGACCUGGUGCUGGAGUUUACAGAAAUGGCAUAUCCAAUUAACUGGACUUUGGAAAACUAUUAUGAAUGUUCAGUAAGAGUGCCACAAAUGAUACAACCAAAACCUACUACAGCUGAGACCUUCCAUAAGAUCAAACUAGAACUUCAUACCACCCCAAGAUCAGAAACAAGAACUGCUCUGGUUAUAACACCAACACAGGAUAACACACUUGCAAGUACUUCUGUAACAUUGGCUGCUAAAUUGAGAGAAAGUGUGCAUUCUGCCAUAGUACAGGAGUCAUCCAAGACAGAAAUGUCUGCUUCUGGGUACGAUGCAGAGUUGGACCAUGUGGCAUCUGGGGAAUAUUUCAACAGAAUUGAAGGUUCAGGAUACUACGCAGAGACAAAUAUUUCUGCUGCUUUACGUCUAAGAAAAUGUCACCACCUAUAGAGGCUUCUGGGAAAGUAACAAGUAACUCUACAUCAGAAAGUAAUUUAACUUCAGAAAACAUACAGAACAGUAGGACUUUUGCACUGACUGAACAACAAAGCUCUGCCCCAUCAGAGCCUUCAAUAAUUUAUCACAGUCUAUCACAUCUUGAACUUAUGAUGUCAAAUGGAGAUAAAUAUGAUGACAAGGUACCUCAAUUAAAACAGCCUACUGACUUUGUGAAAGAAACCACCAAUGUGUUAUCAAAAGAGACACAAACACCAAAAACCGCAAUUGUGCAUACAUCCUCCAGUCUUUCAACAGUACACAAUGUAGCUGGGUCUGGAACAGAGUUUGACCUCAUUAAUAUAAAUGUGGAACCACUAAAUGCAAAAUCCAAAUCACCAUCAUUAGUUGUGAUGUCUUCAUCUUUACACUGGUCAGUAGAUGACACAAGAUCUUUGGAGAUGCUUUCAGCUGAUACUGAUGAGACCUCAAAUGAUGGUUUCUUACCAUUUAUCCCUAGAAAUGCUGUAUAAAGCAAAUCAAGUAAGCAAUGAAAAGGAAGUUAAAGGAGAAGAAAACGGCUAAUAAAGAGUUAAUCUCAAGCUGCAGGCAUACCUUCAGUUCUCUCAAUAGUGCCCUUAAGUCUCCCCAUAUUUCUCCUGUUCAGAUGAUCAGAAGCUAAAAAGGAAGAAAAAACGCUGAUCUUUGUAAAGAAAGUUCCCAUAAUGCCUCACUUUCCCUACUGCCCCGUAUGGGUGUUUUAACAUUGGCGCAUGCGAAUGUGAGUGUAAAAAUAAACUACUUUCAUUAAUAAACUCUCUUUUUAGAAA